GUGGGAGUUUGGGACAUGCAGCAGGGAACAGAACAGAAGAGUGCUAAGGCAGAUGCGGCGACCAGUGCUUUAGCGGCCAGCAGCAUUAGGGAUCUGGGAGUUGUGGGCCGUUUAGGGUUACUUAUAAUUACAGGCAGGGAGGCCCUGGAAGUCCUCACUGUGACGAUAGAGCCUCUGAAGGGUCUGAAAAGCCCUCCGGAGAGCCUCAGCGACCUCGGCGCCAUCGAGAACCUCCGGGUCCCUGGAAAGGAGGAAUUCAGGGAACUCCGAGAACAGCCCAGUGACCCUCAAGCUGAACAAGAGCUGAUUAAUAGCAUUGAACAAGUAUAUUUUUCUGCAGACUCAUUUGAUAUUGUUAAAUAUGAACUGGAGAAGCUCCCACCUGUUCUCAAUUUGCAAGAAUUAGAGGAGUACAGAGACAAACUGAAGCAGCAGCAAGCUGCAGUCUCUAAAAAAGUAGCAGAUUUAAUCCUUGAAAAACAGCCUGCCUAUGUAAAGGAACUUGAAAGAGUUACCUCACUGCAGACAGGACUUCAGCUGGCUGCUGUUAUCUGCACCAAUGGGAGGAGACACCUGAAUAUUGCAAAAGAAGGUUUUACUCAAGCUAGCUUAGGCCUCCUUGCAAAUCAAAGGAAGCGUCAGCUGCUGAUUGGCCUCCUGAAAUCUCUGAGAACGAUCAAAACAUUGCAAAGAACAGAUGUACGCUUAAGUGAAAUGCUGGAGGAGGAAGACUAUCCUGGGGCAAUACAGCUAUGCCUGGAAUGUCAGAAUGCGGCCAGCACCUUCAAGCAUUACAGCUGUAUCAGUGAACUGAAUUCAAAGCUGCAAGACACUUUAGAGCAAAUUGAGGAGCAAUUGGAUGUGGCUCUUUCUAAAAUCUGCAAGAAUUUUGACAUUAACCAUUAUACCAAGGUUCAACAAGCUUAUCGACUGCUCGGAAAAACACAGACAGCAAUGGAUCAACUUCAUAUGCACUUCACCCAAGCCAUUCACAAUACUGUGUUUCAAGUCGUUCUUGGUUACGUGGAGCUCUGUGCGUGCAAUACAGAUACGAAAUUCCAAAAGCUGCAGUAUAAAGAUCUCUGUACACACGUCAUACCAGACAGCUACAUUCCCUGCCUUGCAGACCUGUGCAAAGCUCUCUGGGAAGUCAUGCUCAGCUACUACAGGACAAUGGAGUGGCAUGAGAAGCACGAUGGCGCGGAUACCGCUGCGGCUGCUGAAGGGAGUAAUAUUAUGGGUACCGAAGAAACGAAUUUUGAUCGUGGUUACAUAAAAAAGAAAUUAGAACAUGGACUUACACGAAUAUGGCAGGAUGUUCAGCUGAAAGUGAAAACCUACUUGCUUGGAACUGAUUUGUCUAUAUUCAAAUAUGAUGACUUCAUCUUUGUUUUGGAUAUAAUCAGCAGGUUGAUGCAAGUUGGAGAAGAAUUUUGUGGGAGCAAGUCUGAAGUUUUGCAAGAGUCUAUUAGAAAACAAAGUGUCAAUUAUUUCAAGAACUACCAUAGAACGCGACUUGAUGAGCUGAGAAUGUUCUUAGAGAAUGAAACGUGGGAACUUUGUCCUGUUAAAUCGAAUUUCAGCAUCUUACAACUUCACGAAUUUAAAUUCCUGGAGCAGUCCCGUUCCCCAUCGGUUUCACCUAGUAAGCAGCCAGUCUCGACUUCCUCAAAGUCAGUGACCUUGUUUGAGCAGUACUGCAGUGGCGGCAAUCCAUUUGAAAUCCAGGCCAACCACAAGGACGAAGAAACGGAGGAUGUCUUGGCUUCUAAUGGGUAUGAAUCUGAUGAACAAGAAAAGAGUGCCUACCAAGAGUAUGACAGUGACAGUGAUGUUCCUGAGGAACUCAAGCGAGACUACGUGGAUGAGCAGACAGGCGAUGCUCCUGUGAAAAGUGUUUCUCGAGAAACCCUAAAAAGCAGGAAGAAAUCAGAUUACAGUCUAAAUAAAGUGAACGCACCUAUCCUAACAAAUACAACGUUGAAUGUCAUAAGGCUUGUUGGGAAAUACAUGCAGAUGAUGAAUAUUCUUAAGCCAAUUGCCUUUGAUGUUAUCCAUUUCAUGUCUCAACUGUUCGAUUAUUACCUGUAUGCAAUAUAUACCUUUUUUGGUCGGAAUGAUUCGUUGGAAUCAACAGGACUUGGCCUCAGUAGUAGUAGACUAAGAACAACUCUAAACAGAAUACAAGAAAGCCUUAUUGAUCUGGAGGUUUCAGCAGACCCUGCUGCCACCCUCACAGCAGCAGAAGAAAGAAGGGAGAAGGUCCCGAGCCCACACCUCAGUCACCUUGUGGUUCUGACGGCUGGCGACACGUUGUAUGGGUUGGCAGAAAGAGUGGUAGCCACGGAAUCCUUGGUGUUCUUGGCUGAACAGUUUGAGUUCCUUCAGCCCCAUCUGGAUGCUGUGAUGCCUGCGGUCAAAAAGCCUUUCCUUCAGCAGUUCUAUUCCCAGACAGUCUCAACUGCCAGUGAACUACGCAAACCCAUUUACUGGAUUGUAGCUGGCAAAGCCAUCGAUUAUGAACAGAUGCUGCUGCUAAUGGCUAAUGUGAAAUGGGAUGUAAAGGAAAUUAUGUCACAGCACAACAUAUAUGUAGAUGCAUUGCUAAAGGAAUUUGAACAGUUUAACAGGCGAUUAAAUGAAGUUUCUAAGAGAGUUCGAAUACCUUUGCCUGUGUCUAAUAUACUUUGGGAACAUUGUAUUCGAUUGGCUAAUAGAACUAUUGUGGAAGGAUAUGCCAACGUCAAGAAGUGCAGUAAUGAGGGUCGUGCCUUAAUGCAGUUAGAUUUUCAACAGUUUUUAAUGAAACUUGAAAAACUAACCGAUAUUAGACCCAUUCCUGAUAAAGAAUUUGUGGAAACUUACAUUAAAGCCUACUACCUAACUGAAAAUGACAUGGAACGUUGGAUCAAGGAGCACAGGGAAUAUUCAACGAAGCAGCUAACCAACCUGGUAAACGUUUGCCUGGGAUCCCAUAUCAAUAAGAAGGCAAGACAGAAGCUUCUAGCUGCCAUAGAUGACCUAGACAGACCUAGAAGAUAAUGAGCACGGCUCUUUCUCCUCAGUGGCAUUACUCUCCUGUCAGCACAGAUGAUGUGAAGGCCAAUUUUUCAUGCGAUCUUGAUGACUGUCAGCUAAGAAAACCUUGUGCAUGUUCUCUCCAGCCGGCAAGUGGAAAGCAUUGGUGUGCGUGUGUGUGUGGUGUUCUCCGAUGACUUUUAUAUGCUCUGGUCUCCUCUCUUCAGCUUCGGGUCGCAUUUGUUUAAUCCCUUCCUAAAACGGUAUUAUUGCCUCAUCAUAACUAUUGUUAUGUGACUACAAUUACACAUUUACAGAAAAGAAUGUACAGUAAAUAUAUAAUUAGAAGGAACAGUGGCUUCCUGUGGCUUUGGGCAGUUUUUGGAGAUGAAUUUAUGUUGGCACUUUGUUUCCCUCUGAACUUGGUUCUGCCUGAGCAUAAUAUGAGAGGGCUGAUGUAUAAUAUUUCCUUAUUAUGAGUACUGCAUGGGAACUAAAAAGUACAUGUAAGUAAAACAGCUGAAAAAUCUGUGUAUUCUCUGUUUUUAAAUGUCAAAAGUUUAUGUCAGGGUUAAUUUCAUUAUAAUAAAGUGAUCAUAAGUGAUGAGAUUGAAUAAAUGUUAUACUGUAAUAUGAUAA